AGAUCACAGAGAGCCUUGGAGUUAGUACCUAAUUAUAAGAGAGAUGGCCACCACCAACAAGCUUCGUUCUAGCCCAAGCUUAAUAUUUCUUUCAUUAGCAUUACUCUUUCAUUUUUAUCUGUGUAAAGGUGAUCUUCUGCUGAAUUACUACUCUGAGAGUUGCCCUAAUGCUGAAGAUAUCAUCAGGCAAGAAGUCACUGACUUGUACAACAAACAUGGCAAUACAGCAGUUUCAUGGGUUAGAAAUCUCUUCCAUGAUUGCAUGGUUAAGUCAUGCGAUGCAUCUCUGUUGUUAGAGACAGUGAAUGGUAUUGAAUCGGAACAGGCAUCUGAAAGGAGCUUUGGGAUGAGAAAUUUCAAGUACGUUAGCACAAUCAAAGAGGCACUUGAGAAGGAAUGCCCUUUGACAGUUUCGUGUGCUGAUAUUGUUGCACUUUCCGCAAGAGAUGGCAUUGUCAUGUUAGGAGGACAACGCAUUGAAAUGAAAACUGGGCGGAGGGAUAGCAAGGAAAGCUAUGCAAAUUUUGUUGAAGAGUCCCUCCCUAAUCACAACGAUAGCAUCACUCUAGUGCUUUCUCGCUUUCAAUCCAUUGGACUCGAUGUUGAGGGAAUCGUUGCUCUUUUAGGAGCUCACUCAGUGGGUCGAACUCACUGCACUAAUCUGGUACAACGACUCUACCCCACAGUUGACCCAACUUUGGAUCCUCAAUACGCCGAAUACCUAAAGGGUCGUUGCCCAACGCCAAAUCCUGAUCCAAAGGCAGUUCUUUAUGCAAGGAACGAUCGUGAAACACCAAUGAUACUAGAUAACAUGUACUACAAGAACCUAUUAAGCCACAAGGGCCUACUCAUUGUGGAUCAACAACUCGCUUCUGACCCAACAACAUAUCCUUAUGUCAAAAAGUUUGCUACUGAUAAUGGUUAUUUCCAAGACCAGUUUGCUAAGGCUGUGCUCUUGCUAUCAGAGAAUAACCCACUUACAAGAGAUGAUGGAGAAAUAAGAAAGGAUUGCCGCUAUGUGAAUAGCAUUUAGGAAUGUUAAAAUGAAGGAUCAAUUGUGCAUUAAUAAAAGAGUGCAUACCUAACUGAAUAAUAUUUGUUUGGGGCAA